CUCUCGUGUGCGGAGUGAUCCUUUCUCUGAAGAAGAGCCGCACGUCAAGAUCUUCCCAGCUGUGGCGAUGGUUGACGAGACUGUGACAUUGCCCCAGCCGCCGGCAGAGGUGGCCGAGUCGCCCUUCAUUCUCCUCUGCAACGAGUGGAUCCGAUACACAUCAGAGGCCUUCAUGGCCAGGCAACAACAGCAGCAGCAGCAACAAACAGACAGUAAGUCAAAUCCUGGCGCUGCCGCUGACGGCACCACCGACGGGCGGCCAGUUGCGGCGGGAGCGGGCGAGGGGUCUUCCUCUUCAUCGUCACCAUCAUCCUUAUCGUCAGCUGAUGUUGAUGGUGUCAUGGUGGCCUUGGAAGAGAUGGGCUUCAUGCUGGGAGGGAAGAUCGUCGAGAGGUGGGGCUCGUGUAAGGCAAGGCAAGGCAGGAGCAGACAGAACAGAGAUGGAUUGUGGCUCGCUGUUGCAUCGCCUUGUGCGUGUGUGUAUGGUUGUGUGUUUGGUUGUUGUCUUGUUGUGUGAUGUGUGACGUGUGAUAUGGUUGUCUGUCAGGUUGACGGCGUCGCGUUCCCGUCUGCAGGACGAGAAGGACAUUGUCAAGUUCAUCUGCAAGGACCUCUGGAACUACCUCUUCCACAAGCAGGCCGACCGACUGCAGACCAACCGCAGGGUGGGUGGGGCAACAGACCACACACAGCACAGCACAGCACAGCCUUCCAUCCUGCCUGCCCUCUCUGUCUGACCUCUCGAUUCGCUCGCACGUCAGGGCGGUUAUGUGAUCCAGGACAACACCCUCCGGUGGUUGCGCCAUAUGCCGCCGAUGCCCGACACGGCUCCGCCCCACAAGCGGCCGAUGGCGCCCGUGUCGGUCAUCUGCGGCAUCAUCAGGGGCGCCCUCACCCACCUGGGGCUGUCCGCCAGUGUGUCGGCCAGCGUGGCGGAGCCGCCCUGUUGCAGCUUCUCCAUCAAGAUUCCGUCAUGAUGCGCCGUCCGUCCACUGAUGUAGAUGUUGAGGGGGUCUGGGCGGAG